AUGCAGCUUUCGCAGCUGUCGGCAGACGAUUUCGCGGAGCUGGACCGCGUUUUGGAAGCCGUGGAGCAAUCUGCAAAGGCAAGUCAAUUCUGUGAACCCCAUCCGGAGCAGGCCCCCCAACCACCGCCGCCGCCGCCGCAGCAACAACCGCAGCAGAUGCACUGGAGCACCUCCGACCUCGCGCGGGAAGACGGAGAGGGCGAGAUGAAGGGCCGCUCAUUGCUAGGGGAGGUUCUUCAGGGGAGCCAUGACGCGAGUGCAGCAGAUAACUACAUGAAAUGUGCGGCACAGGCAGCACAACCACUGCUGACUGCCGCGUCCUUGGAAGCACUGCCAAUGUCAAUGCCAAUACCAAUACCAAUCCAGUCCGCUGCACACGUGCCGCCUCCUUCCUUGCGAUUGCCACCACAACCGCUUCUGCCAUCGGCGGUGAUAACGAUAGCCCAGCCGCCCAUGCGUCCACCACCCCUGGGGGUUGCCCUUACAGCAGCAUCCACGUCGGAACGCAAAGAGAACCCAUCGCUGCGGCCGCAUGUGCCGCCGCGUGUGCCGACCACCGCCACCAUCCCGGAUGACCUGCUGGCACUUGGAGCGCGUGCAGCCGGAGGAGGCGACGGUGGCGGCGCCACCACCGAGCGCAGUAAUGGCAGCGGCUGCGGUGGGUGCGGUGAUGACAGAAAAUAUGGCGAUGGCAAAACCGACGGCGGAAACGGUGGAGGCAACAAUGAGCAGAGCGGUGGCCUUCCUCAGCAGCGUCGCAGCUGCAAUGCUGGAGGCGGCUCGGGAGGCGGCAUCCUGCUGGAGAAUCCGACAUGCCGCGUGGGGAUUCCCCGGGAGGCAGCGGCGGCUGCUUCAAUCGACAAAGGCACCAGCGAGUGGGCGGUUUUGGGGGCUGAUGGCGGAGGGGGGGAUCCUAAUGUGAACCUGGCGGGCAGCGUCGGCGGACUGCCGUCAAUCGCGGAGGUUCGGGCCUCCAAGGCAGCAGCUGCGGCCGGCGGGGUGCAGCGGCCAGGUGCCCAGCCGCCCGUAUUGGAGUUCGAAGGGAGCAUCAGGUACGCAACGACGGCGGUGGAGGUGGACUGGCUGUGCGGCCAACUGGAGGCGGUACGACCGGCUGUCAUCGGACUUGACAUGGAAUGGCGACCGCAGUACAUUGCGGGUGUCUGUCGAGGUGGGGAUGCGCCGUUGGGUGCUUCCACCGCCGGCGGCAGCGGCAGUGGGGAUGACACCGGUGGGGAUACCGCAGCGGCGGCAGCGGCUGCUGCCGACAGCAACCGAGGUCGGCACUGCUGCUGCCUGCUGCUGCACAUCAGGUACAGCGGGGUGACGCCGCGACUGAGGGCGCUGCUGGAGGCAGAGCUGCCCUGCAAGGUGGGCGUCAACAUCACCGGUGACGCGAACAAGCUCAAACGGGACUACGGGGUUGAGAUGCGGGGUCUGUUGGAGCUGGACGGCUUGGCGAAUGAACGGGUGCUGCAGCACGUUGAGCACGUCACCACCAACACUGAGUACCGGAGUCGCUGGUCAUUGGCAGCGCUCGUGGCUACCGUCCUGAAGCGGCACCUGCCCAAACCCAACAGCCUCCGCUGUGGCAACUGGGAGCGCCGACCACUGGACGCGGCACAGAAGCGGUACGGGGCGUUGGACGCCUACGCAGGCCUGGCAGUUUGGGCAGCGCUGUCGAGGCUGCCGUACCGGAAGGCACCGGCGCCGCUCACCGUGCCGCCAGCGGCAGCGGCGAUGGCAGCAAAGGGUGAGGCCGCGGUCAUCGGUGGCGGCAGCAGCAGUAGCAGUGCGGCUGCAGCGGCCGCCACUACAGCCAUUGCACCAGCUGCAGUUUUUGAAGAUGUUGUUCACGCCGAUGCCUGCGCGAGGUGA